CGGACUGCGCCGAGCCGAGCCGAGCAGCCCGACCGAACCGCGCCUAGCGCCGCCGAACCGGCCCGAGCGCCGCCGAACCGAGCCGAGAAGACGAACUGAGCCGGGGCGAGCAGAGCCGAGUGGAGCCGAACUGAGCCGAGGAGCCCAACCGAGCGCAGCCGAACCGGCGCGAGCGGGGCCGAACUGAACUGAACGGAGCCGAGGAGCCGAACCGAGCCGGGCCGAGAGCAGCCGAGCGAGGCCGAGCAGACCCGAGCGCAGCCGAGCGGAGCCGAACCACUUCGUUUCCUUCGCCGCUCCCCACGGGGUGCCCUCGGUGCCAGGCGGGCUCGUGGCUCCCGGCCCGGUGUCUCACCAUGGCGUCGCGCAUCGGGCUGCGGAUGGAGCUGAUGAAGCAGCAGGCGCAGCAGGAAGCGGAGCGGGAGCGGGUGCAGCAGCAGAUGAUGAUGAACUACAUGCAGCAGCAGCGCAUGCCCGUGGCCUCCAGCCCCGCCAUCAACACCCCCGUCCACUUCCAGUCCCCUCCGCCCGUGCCCGGAGAGGUCCUCAAGGUCCAGUCCUACCUGGAGAACCCCACCACCUACCACCUGCAGAAGUCUCGGGACAAGAAGGUCCAGGCUUAUCUCUCCGAAACCUAUGGGAACAAGUUCGCUGCCCACGUCAGCCCUGCCAGCCACUCUCCCAAGCCACCCCCGGCCGCGUCCCCCGGCGUCCGGCCCGGCCACGUCCUGUCCUCCUCAGCGGGCAACAGCGCUCCCAACAGCCCCAUGGCCAUGCUCAACAUCGGCUCCAACCCGGAGCGGGAGUUUGAUGAGGUCAUCGAUGACAUCAUGCGCCUGGAUGAUGUUUUGGGCUACGUGAACCCCGAAGUCCACAUGCCCAACACGCUGCCCAUGUCCAGCAGUCACAUGAAUGUCUACAGUGGGGACCCCCAGGUGACGGCGUCGCUCGUUGGUGUCACCAGCAGCUCCUGUCCCGCCGACCUCACCCAGAAGAGAGAACUCACAGAUGCCGAGAGCCGAGCCCUGGCCAAAGAGCGCCAGAAGAAAGACAAUCACAACCUGAUCGAGAGGCGGCGAAGGUUCAACAUCAACGACCGCAUCAAGGAGCUGGGAAUGCUGAUCCCCAAGGCCAACGACCUGGACGUGCGCUGGAACAAAGGGACAAUCCUGAAGGCUUCCGUGGACUACAUCAAGAGGAUGCAGAAGGACCUGCAGAGGUCCCGGGACCUGGAGAAUCACUCGCGGCGCCUGGAGAUGACCAACAAGCAGCUGCUGCUCCGCAUCCAGGAGCUGGAGAUGCAGGCACGCGUCCACGGGCUGCCCACCUCCUCGCCCUCGGGCGUCAACGUGGCCGAGCUGGCUCAGCAGGUGGUCAAGCAAGAAGCCAGCGGGGACGAGGGCACCCUGGAGCCACUGCUGGCACCCCCAGACCCCGAAUCGCAGCCGCAGCCGGCGCUGCCCGCGCCGCCGCAGUCUCCCUAUCACCAGCUGGACUUUACCCACAGCCUGAGCUUCGAUGACGGCUCCCAGGGCUUCCCGGACAGCCUGGAGCCCGGCCACAGCGCUUCCUUCCCAUCCCUAUCCAAGAAGGAGCUGGACUUGAUGCUGAUGCAGGACACGAUGCUGCCCCUGGCCUCUGACCCCUUGUUCUCGGCCAUGUCCCCGGAGGCCUCCAAGGCCAGCAGUCGCCGGAGCAGCUUCAGCAUGGAGGACGCGGACAUGCUGUGAUGGGGAGCUGCUGGGGCGAGGGCUGCAGCGCCAGCUUUGGGUGGGCAAGUCCCAGGACACUCCCAGCAGCAGGAGCCCGUCCUGCCAUGCACUUGAAUCUUCCCAGGAGUAAUUUCUCUAUGCAACGGGGGCUCGGGUUGGGCCCGCCGGGUGCUGCCAUGUCUUUCGCAGCUUCUUUUUGCCAGGAGCGGGAAUGGACCUUCCUGGCUUUGCUGUGGCGUUGGCCUGACUGCGAGAUUCCACAGCCCGGCAGCGAGAUCUCGGCUGCUUCGCCUUUCAGCAGAACCCUCCUGGCCUCACCCCCUUCCCCUGGGGUGGUGCCUCGGAGCCUCGAGCCCCCGGGAGCAGAGGGACGAUGCUGCGAGCUUUGUGUCUGGUUUGGCGUCUUGCUCUGGGAUCCUUCAUCCCCACGGAGUCAUCCCCAGCCUCUGGAUGCUUCCCAGUCCAUCCAGUUCCUCCUUCCUGGGAGCACCCGCUGCUCCAGGGUUGCAGAAGGGUGACAAGGCGUUAAUUGGUGCACGUUCGUUAAUAUGGCACCGGGGGUGCUGUCUGCAGGUGGGUGUUGAAGGCACCCACAACACCUGGGUUUGGGGGGGGUUUGAUGCUCCACCAACCCCCUGCUGCCACCCCCACCUUGUGGGGCAGCACCCACCACCCCAAAACCUCUGGGCAAAGGUGCCAGGUGACCCUGAGCCUCCUCGAAGUGUCCCUGCAGUGUCCCUGUCCCGUGGCACCGAGCCCCGGCUCCUUCCUGGAAGGAUAAAAGGGUUUUUACACUUGGCUUUUUGGGGAUACUUCUUGAGAGUCCUGCCCCGUGUGGGCGUGCAGGUCCGGGCUCUGACCAGGGGAUGGUUUGUGCCAGCUGCCAAACCUGACCUGCUUGGAAUUCGGGGCUUGUUUCUCUUCCCAGUGUCACCAGCUCGUUCCCCAGCCAGGACUGGUCUGUACUGGGGAGCUGCUUUGGGUCUCUGCCUCAUGUCCCGACUCCUCCAUCCCAGCUGGAGGCUGGGGGCGAGCUGGGAAGGGCAGGGAAGGGCUGUUCCCAGGGAAAACACUCCAUGGAUUCAUUGAGGGAGAGGAGGGGAGCUGGGGAGAGGAGACCCCUUGGCCAUCGUCCCCCCCCUGGCCUGGGGGUGCCCGUGUGGGGCUGGGGGUGCCCGUGUGGGGCUGGGGGUCACUGGGCGCCCCCUGUCCUGGACCUGGAUGACCUGGAGGGGACAAAGAUGCCCCGUGGUGGCUGGAUUUGGGGUUGGAAGUGGGGGACAGCCCUAGAGAGGGGUCUGUGGGACGUGAGGGUGCGGGGAAGUGAGGAAGGUGGGGAGGAAGAGGGAGGAGGAGUGGCCCUGGAGCAGGGCAGGGAGCGGGAAGGGACCCGAGGGGACACUGGGUGAGCAGAGAGGGGCUCUGGGCUCUGAGCUGGAGGGGCUGGGGGUGUUCACAGGAGGCCUUGGCACCCUUUGUGUGCUGCCAUCAGUGCCUGGAAAGAGAAUUGUCCCUGCCAGGGUCAGCCCUGGCCGAGCUGGGGACCUGUGGGUGUGGGAGAGCCACGGCUCUGUGCCCUCCAGAAGGGGCAGG